AUGAUUCGCCUCGCAUUUCAAGCCAAUCCGAUUCUAAUAGCCUCUACUGACUCGGUCUUAACGCCGAGUCAAACGGAUUCCUCAUCCAUUCAGAGCCCCACCGACAUUCUUAGCUCUGCCGAUGUUACUCUGACUCCCAGUCACUCCGAUUCCUCGAAUAUUCCGAGCUCUAGCGAUCUGGCCCCCACAACAAGCCAGUCAGGACCUAGCUCAAUUCCCAUCAUUGAUUUAGGGUCGACUUCAAGUACUGCGUUCCCUUCCCAGAGCUCUGAGGAUGCCGCAACUCGCUCGACUGGUCUGUCGAACUCCAGGGAGGCCGCGCCGUCAUCUACUCCUUCGGCAGGCCUUGUUGGAUCAAUCGUGUCAGAUCUCCUGUCCGGCACUACCAGCUCAACCGAAUCCGAUUCAUCUGAUCUCCCUAGUCCGACAAAGUCUGUCGCUCCAAGCCAAACCGAGUUAGCUUCCACUCCUACUGAGACAAAGACCAGUGGUGGUGCCAGCACUGGCUCAGAUGCCACCAGUUCUAGCGGUAUCUUCCCCACCAUUCCCGUCAGCGUCCCGCUUGUGACCCCGUCGGCAUCGAGCGGCUCUCUUGAUGUGCCCGGGGCUUUGAGCACAGCUCUGGGCCUCACAUCACAGGUUACGGGAACUCCAGUGAGCAGCUUCCAGCCUGGUCCCUCUGGCUCUUCAGCCACUAGUGCCCUUAUUGUUCCUGGAGGAUCUACCUCAGAUAGUAGGACGGGAACGCAUGAUGUCACCGAAUCUCAGAGCGCCACUGUUUCCCAAAGUGCUACCGGAUCUCAAAGUGCAACCGCCUCCCAGAGUGAAACAGCCAACUUAAGCUCAUCGACCUCGCUUGGCACAUCUGCACCGCCCGCAACAACUAGCGGGCCCGUCAUUCCCACUGGUACAAAGUCUGGAUCUGCUGGCGUCUCUUCGACUGCGUUGAUUAGCUCCAAAGCUCCCUCAGCGAGCUCUACUAACCCGGCGACCCCUAUCUCUACCGGUGCACCGGCUCCUACAAGCACAGAACAGCCGUCCCAGCCAGGCACCACGCAGCCCAGCACGCAGCCACCGCCGCAGCCAAGCACCGCGCAACCUAGCACGCAGCCACCGCCACAGCCCACCACUACGCAGCCCAGCACCCAACAACCGGCGCCCCCAAGCACCACGCAACCAGCUGUUGAAACAACUCCUACGCCGGAGCCUGUGCCAGAACCAACACCCGAGCCCACCACGCAGGCCAGCACAAGCAGUGACAACGAUGAUUGGGUGCCCUCUACUAUUCUCGUGGAGCCCCCAACGCCUACGACUCACGAUUCAGUUACUCACGCGACUGCAACUUCCACGAGCACGCAAGUACAACUUCCUGGGAAUAUCGCACCGAAUGAAGAACAAGGUGUCAAACCUAAGGAUGGUGUCUUGAUUCGUCUUGGCUUCGACGAGAGACUUCGCUACAGCUUUGUUGCGACUACUAUGCUGUCAUCAACCCAAAUCUUCCACUUUGUUCCGAAAGGUCUCCAAUACACUAUGGGACUUUCUAGUGAGCAGGUUUCGAUGUCUGAAAUCAAACCAUUGCAGAUGAAUGGCUACCUUGCCACGACCGUUUAUGCCUGGGUUUCAAAUAAUACGUAUCUUUAUAACACACUCCCCGCCAACAGUACAAAGUUUGAAUCGAAACUCGACCUUGAAGUCAAAAACCCCGUUUCGAACUUCUACAACGAGCCUGACGAGUCUGUGAACACGCUGUUCUCUAUGAUUGACCCCACCAUCAGUAUUUGGCCCAACGGCGUUGGCCCCCCCGGAUUUGGCGGAAAACCCGGCAAUGGGUCCGGGAAUGGCAAUGACAAUGAAGAUAAUAAUGGAGGUGGCAACGGCGACGGAGGCGCUAGCGGCAGCUCAAGCGCGCGCCCCAGCUCUGUCGGCAUUGGCGUUGGCGUUGUGGCCGGUGCAGCUGCCUAUGGUGCAGGUAUGUUCUGGGUCGCUCGUCGGUACCGGAAGAAGCGUCAAUUGCACCAGCGAUCCAGCUCGACCGUUGAGCAGAUGAGUGAGGGCCGUGGUGGCGGUUCGGUCUUCGCUGCCGGUGGCCGCAUGUCUCGCAACAGCCAGGUCAGCCGAGGAGGAAGCGCCCGUACGCAAAUGAUCAGUGCACCCGUGAUGGCAGAAAACUCUCUUGGAUGGAACUAA